AUGCACUUCUGCUUGUUACCGAUUCCAAUCAGCACUCAUGGCCAAGCAACGAUUCUCCUCCUCAUCCUUGUGGCUUCCAUUCACCAUAUUGCUUAUGCCGCAGCUUCUACGACUUCAGCAAAUUUGACGUCAGAUGCAACUACGACAGCCUACGACAUUCUAGAGAAGAACAACUUCCCGCGUGGCCUCCUCCCCAAGGGCGUGCAGUCGUACGUCCUCAACCCAGAUGGCAAAUUGGAGUUCGCCAGCACCUUCGGCGGAGUCAUCCAUGCUGGGUCCAUCACCGAAGUAUACGGCGUCGAUGUGCAGGUCAAGUACACUUGGCUCGGGUUCAGCCAAGUCGACCGUGCCGGUGACAAGCUCACAUUCCAUGUUCAACAGUUCACGCAGUCCUUCCCCGUAAGCGGGUUUGCUGAGAGCCCCUCCUGCACCUAA